AUGGCGAACGAAACAUUGAAUGUGAUGCCAAAUUCAAAUGAAACAAAUGUUCAUCAUCGUCGCAAUAAAAGAAAAAAAUCGAAUACGGAUGAGAUAUCAUCCGAGAAAUCACCUAUUCGACAGUCAAUAAUUCCAUGGUUGGCAUCAUACUUCAAUUAUAAACCAACAGACAAGACUGAUCAUGAAUCAGAGCAUGAUAUUAAAAAACCUAAAAAAGACAAAUCUUCAUGGAUAUGUAAUCAUUUCUGUUGUAAAUUAUUGUUCGUUUUUGGUUUGUUUUAUCUCAUUAUGUUUCUACGACCGGAUUAUUCAAUUUUGAUACGAAACUCAUUAGAAGAUAUGCUGAGAAAGUUUAAUUUAACAUCUGAAGAAUUUAUACUUCGUCCGGGACAACAUUUAGCUAAAUAUCGACAACCAUCGAUGCCAGUUAUUAUCAUACCAGGUAUUGUAUCAACUGGUUUAGAAUUAUGGCAAGGAACAGAAUGUACAGCUGGUAAAUUUCGUCAUCGCUUUUGGACAUCAAUGCAAAUGGUGGAUAGUAUUAGUCGAGAUCAUCAAUGUUGGCUUAAGCAUAUUUCACUUAACUUACGAAUUGAUCCUGAUUCGAUUCGUCUUCGGCCUGUACUCGGCUGGGCUGCAGCUGAUUAUGUAUUUCCUGGGUAUUGGCUAUGGAGUAAAGUUAUUCAAAAUUUAGCUGAUAUCGGUUAUGAUCCGACCAAUUUAGUAACACUUGGUUAUGAUUGGAGAUUACAACCACAAUAUCUUGAAGAACGUGAUGGUUAUUUUACACAAUUGAAAUUUUAUACAGAAUUUCUUCGAAUAAAACAUGGUGAAAAGGUUGCACUACUAACGCAUUCAAUGGGAGCUACUUAUGUGCUUUAUUUUCUUCGUUGGGUUACUGAACAAGCAGGUGAUCAAUGGAUUGAUGACAAUGUAGCAACAUUUCUUGAUGUUGGUGGACCUUUAUUAGGUACACCGAAAGCAUUUAGUGCUGUUCUAUCCGGUGAAAUGAAAGACACAGCUGUUUUGGGUGAUCUUGGUCGAAGUAUUCUUGGGAAACUUGUUGGUAAACUUGUCGUUUUUCCUAAAUUUUUUCGUGCAUUGGGUAGUGUGGCAUCCAUGUUUCCACGAGGUGGAAGCAAUGUCUGGAAAGAAUGUUUUGGAACGGAAAAGAAUUCAUUUGAACAUAUGCUUACUUUCCCGAUAGAUCGCUAUAAACAUUUUGCAGAUAAAUUACGAGAAAUACAAGAAAAAUGUGAAGAAGAAAUUGAUUAUAAUCAUGGUUUCGAUUCUAUACUCGAAGAAUUUUAUGCUAAACCAGAAUUGAUUCAAGAAAUUAUGACACAUAAUCAUACAGUUGAACAAUUUUUUGAUGUUUUAAAAAUCAUGGCACCACGCUAUAUGAAUUUAGUCAACAAAUAUUACGUUUUCGAUAGUUCAAUGUAUCAAUCGAAAGCUGAUGAUAAAACAAAAAAAUGGAAAUCAGAUUCAAGAUAUUGGGCUGAUCCAUUAUCAACACCUUUGCCAAAUGUAACUGAUCUCAAAAUUUAUUGCAUGUAUGGUUAUGUCAAAGAACCAAUGACAGAAUGUGGUUAUUCUUAUGGUUUUUAUCCUGGUACAGAUUAUUGUUCUAGUGCUUUACUUCUUUUUAACACUUCUCAUACGAAUUCAUCGGCGCGUAUUAAAUCCGGUGUUUAUCUUGGUCCUGGUGAUGCAACUGUGCCACUCGUUUCGCUUGGCCAUAUGUGUGCAGGUCCAUGGAAAAAGCCAGGCGCGUAUCAUAAUCCAGGACAUGUUAAAGCAAUUACUCGGGAAUAUGUACAUAAAACAACAACAUUUGAUAUUUUAACAACACGUCUUGAAGAUGCUCUAAGAGGUGGCGAAUAUGCAGUAACACAUGUUGAAAUACUUGGUAAUCGUGAUUUUCUAACUGAUUUACUUACUAUUGUAUCAAAACCAAUUGCUGGUACAAAUCAAAGCCAUUUAACAGUGAAUGAUGAUAAUGUAAACGAAGACCAAAUUUAUUCAAAUAUACGCCAAAUGAGCAAACGAAUAAUGGCACGUCAGGAAAAUAAUUAA